GCCGUGCUGCACACAUGUCCGCGCACACACGCACAGACACACACACGCACACAGACAGACGCCGCCGAGUAGGGGAGCGCGCCGUGCCCGCAGCACCCGGCCCGGGACGGCCGCGCUUCGCCCCGCUAACAUUUUACUCUUUUGUAAUCUAUGCAAGCAAUAAUGUUGUCCCUGCUACUUCUGCACAUCCGACUUCAUACACGCCUGAAACACUCAUAAAAUUGAAGGCCACAGGCACUGGCAGGAUGGAACAGGCACCAGGACUUGAUUCAGCCACAGAGCUGGCUGUGCCCCCAUUGAUCUUCUGGAACAGAGCAUGCUAAAGAGCUCCUCAAGGGGAAGAGACCAUAACAAAGUCCAGGAGGAUGAAGCGACGCAAGUGUCCCUCACAUAGGAAGAUCCUGAUCCUGUGUGCGACAGGGUGGCUGAUUGCACUGCUGAAGCUUCUCCAUGUUGAAAGACACUUUUUUCCCUCUAAGGACAUUUAUUUAGUUGAGCACUUCUUGAGCACUUCUUCUUACGUUAGAAACAGGUAUUCCUACCUUAGAAAUGAGUUCCGGUGUGAAAUCAAUUGUUCAUCUAUAUAUGAACAAGAUCCCCAUGAAAUUGGCAAGAGUUUAGAGAUAAGAAGGAAAGAGAUAAUUGAUUUAGCUGAUGAAGAUGUUGUAGCAAUGACGAGUUCUUGCCAUGUGUAUCGUUCACUUAGGAAAUACCACCUAAAACCCAUUUCUCUGGAGGAAGAGAGAUUUCCAGUUGCCUACUCUUUGGUUGUUCACAAAGAUGCAGUAAUGGUAGAAAGGCUCAUACAUUCACUGUACAGCCAUCAAAAUAUUUACUGCAUCCAUUAUGACCAAAAAGCAGCUAAAAGUUUCAAGUCUGCUAUGAACAAUCUAGCUAAAUGUUUCCCCAAUAUUUUCAUUGCGUCAAAAUUGGAGACAGUGGACUAUGCACAUAUUUCACGUCUGCAAGCAGAUUUCAAUUGUUUGUCCGAUUUGAUGGACUCUUCAGUUCCCUGGAAGUAUGUUAUUAAUUUGUGUGGCCAGGAUUUCCCUUUGAGGUCCAAUUUUGAGUUGGUUGCUGAACUGAAGAAACUUGGUGGAAGAAACAUGCUGGAAACUAUAAAACCAAGCAGCAGCAAAAGAGAACGAUUUACUUAUCACUACGAACUUAUGAAAGUGCCUUAUGAAUACAUGCAGAUGCCUGUAAAAACCAACAUUUCCAAGAAUCCACCACCUCAUAAUAUUGAGGUAUUUGUAGGCAGUGCCUAUUUUGUUUUAAGCCGAGCUUUUAUUCAAUAUACCCUUGCAAGCACUCUUGCAAAAGAUUUCUUUGAGUGGUCAAGGGAUACAUACUCUCCGGAUGAGCAUUUCUGGGCCACUCUUGUACGUGUUCCUGGGGUCCCUGGGGAAGUUCCAAGGUCGGCCCAGGACAUAACAGACCUACAAAGCAAAACUCGUCUGGUGAAAUGGAAUUAUCUUGAAGACCAUUUGUAUCCUUCCUGCACUGGUACACACCUUCGCAGCGUCUGCAUCUAUGGGGCUGCAGAAUUAAGGUGGCUUCUGAAUUACGGGCACUGGUUCGCCAACAAGUUUGACUCCAAAGUGGACCCUGUCCUGGUAAAAUGCUUGGCAGAAAAACUGGCAGACCAACAGAAAGAGUGGGUCUAUUUGUCCUCUGAUAAAUACUUUCUGCACAUGAAUUCUAUGAAUGCCUCGCUAUAGCAGCACUAUCUUCCCUGCUGUCAGUACUGUGUACUGUUACAGCACCACACCUGCAGUUCCUCUGCCCUGCCCUGCUGCAGGAUGUUAGCAAGUUAAACAUCCGUUCUGCAUAAAGUUCAGGGUCCUUGAAUGCCAGGUGACUGGCCAUUUAUUUAUGAAAAGUCACGUCUCUCUGAUUAGCUGUUUUGUAACCUGCCACAAUAAUCCUGUAAUUGUUCUUCAGGGUGCUUUUGGAGGCUCUGGCGCUGUCUGUCCUUUUGGAGUAUUUCAGAAAUAUGUUUUACAUCAGUCGUCUUUGUGUCUUUCCUGGGAAACUCCAAUGUGUCUUGUCUGCCUGUCCCCUUUUCCUUCACUUGUCUUAUUCUUAAAGGUAUGAAACAAAGACCUCUGUAUCUGCUACCUCAGGAAAACUGGAAGUGCCCACCUCAUGGACAAAUCCAAGAGAUCAGUAUGACACCAAAUGAGACAUGUGGCUUCACCUGAAGUCCAAAACUUCCUUUCUUUGGGAGCUAAGAAAGAUCUUUGCAAUGUGAAUGUGACUGGAUGAUAUAAGGGAAAGGAGAUCCUUAGAUGCUGCCUUGUCUUUAAGCAUUGUUCUCGUCUCCCAGCACAUCUGUGCGUUGCUUUUCUUUCUGGGAAGCAUGAAGCAUGUGCUAAGGUGCAGUGCCACGCCCAUGGGAUUGGUGGUGGUUGGUUGAUCCAGAAUUACAUGCUGUUACUCUCCAAAGGCAGGGUACAAGUAUCACAUUAAGGGCAAUCUCGGCAGCCCAGUAGAGUAGGUAUCCAUGCCGAAAGAGAUCCCUCAGGGCCUCAGCCCUUAGAAAUACUCUUCUGUGAAAUCCCAAGCCUCUUGAAACAGUGUGUCUGUACACAGUGGAUUAUCAAGCGCUACUUCUAAUUAGCAUUCAGCAAUGUGAUGCUAUGUUGGAACGUUAAAUACUCAAAAGUCAAUCUGUCAUUGUAAGAAUAGCUGUAUUGUGGAAAUGAAAACCCUGUGUAGAAGUGUCUGUCCACGCAAGUCUUGUGCCACCACAAUGCCAGGCUAAUAGGCGCUUGAGCAAGCCCUGGUUUAGCUAUGGAGCAGCUGUUCUCCAACAUCCUCUGUUUUCCAUGGCUCUGCUAAGCAUCCUGGUAGCAAAGCAGCCUAGGAGACUUCUCAUAGCCUGGGCUCCCCACAGUACAGUGUGAGGGAAGUAUUUGUUAGUGCAGGGGUCUCUGCAGAAACUCUGCAACUCAAAAAAUGCCCCAUAACAUUUUGGAAGUUUCUCUGGAACAUUGCUCUGCCACAAGUUUGGUUUAGGUGGUUCCAGUGGACCCUAGGGUCCAGCUUGCUCCUUGCUACUGUCCUCUUUCUACUCAUCUGGGCCCCUUCCCACAAGUGACUUUGGUGUGUCUGGUCUUAUUUAUCCACAGAUUGCUGCAAUAACAAUCAUGUCUUAUAUCCGUGUUAAAUCUUUUUCUUGAGUUGAAUGAAUCAAGUAAUUGUUUAGUCUCACUGUUUGUUUAUAAGUUUAUUGAUGGACAAGUCACCAGUGGCUUAAGAUAAUGUUUGAGAAGGAGUUGUGGGCGUUUUUCCCCAUUCAUGACACUGAUUUCCUAUGAGACCUCAGACAAAUCACCAGUGUUUUCUAUUUCAACUGUUCCAUCUGUAAAAUGGGAACAAUGAUGCUCUGUUAUCUUACUAAGCACUUCAAAAACCUAUGGGUGUUAUGUGAUGCUUGCACAGUACUGAUUUCUUAUAAAACUAUUUAUGGAGUCUGGGGAUGCACAGUUUCUUUGAUGUACUGUUUCUGAAAUAAAUGAGGAUUAUUUUUAAA